ACAAGACCCGUUUAAAAAGAAACAGUACUGGUCGAUCUGUGUUAUGGAGUAUUUGAGAGAGAUAGAAGGAAAGAAAGCUCAUGAUCCUAUGUUCAAUCAUAGAAUAAUGAACAACGAAUCCUCUUCACGUUGUUUAUAUGUUCCGGGGCCGGUGAUCGUGGGGGCGGGGCCGUCAGGGCUGGCCGUUGCGGCCUGUUUGAAAGAAAAAGGUGUGCCAAGUGUAGUACUAGAGAGAUCUAAUUGCAUAGCAUCUUUAUGGCAGCUCAAGACCUACGAUCGACUCCGCCUUCACUUGCCUAAGCAAUUUUGUGAGCUUCCUCUCAUGGGGUUUCCUAGUGAUUUCCCAACAUACCCUACAAAGCAACAAUUUAUUGAUUACUUAGAAGCUUAUGCAACAAAAUUUGAUAUUAGGCCACGGUUCAAUGAGACUGUGUCGAGGGCGGCAUUCGAUAGGACGCUCGGGUUCUGGCGCGUCAGGAGUGUGGGGUUGAAAGGGAAGAAGGAGACGGAGUACGUGUGCCGGUGGUUGGUGGUGGCGACGGGGGAGAAUGCGGAGGCGGUGGUGCCAGAGAUUGAAGGAAUGGAGGAGUUUGGAGCGGAUAUAAGGCACACAAGUUUAUAUAGGAGUGGAGAAGAGUAUAGAGGGAAAAAGGUUUUGGUUGUUGGUUGUGGGAAUUCAGGAAUGGAGGUUUGCUUGGAUCUUUGCAAUCAUAAUGGUAGUCCUUCACUUGUGGUUAGAGAUACAGUGCACGUCCUACCACGAGAGAUGCUAGGGAAACCAACUUUCGGGCUGUCCAUGUGGUUGCUAAAGUGGCUGCCCAUGAGAGUUGUCGAUGGGUUCCUGCUUGUAGUAUCAUGGCUCAUGCUGGGUGACACGGCUCGCUUUGGAUUGGUCCGACCUCGCUUGGGUCCCCUCCAACUCAAAAACUUGUCUGGUAAGACCCCUGUUUUAGAUGUUGGUACACUUACCAAGAUCAAAACUGGAGAUAUUAAGGUGUGUCCAGGGGUUAAGCAACUAAAGCAUCACGCCGUGGAGUUUGUUGAUGGAAGAACAGACAACUUUGAUGCUAUUAUCUUGGCAACGGGUUACAAAAGCAAUGUACCCUAUUGGUUAAAGGUGGUGCUAAAAUUAUAUCAUAUAUCAUCUUCAACGUGUGUGGAUGCAGACUUUCUAGCUACACUGAAGCAUUUGAUGCUUAAUGAUUCAGAUACUCAGGUAGUUGCAAACUGUUUAUCAGCACUACAAGAGAUUUGGAGCGCUGAGGCAAGCACCUCCGAGGAAGCAUCCAGGGAGAGAGAAGCUCUGAUUAGCAAGCCAGUCAUAUACUACUUUUUGAAUCGGAUUAAGGGAUUUAGUGAAUGGGGACAAUGUCUUGUGCUUGAAUUGGUUGGUAAAUAUGUACUCUCAGACGGCAAUGAGAUAUUUGAUAUCAUGAAUCUCCUGGAAGAUAGACUACAGCAUGCAAACGGUGCUGUGGUCUUAGCCACCAUUAAACUGUUUCUGCAGUUAACCUUGUCCAUGACUGAUGUUCAUCAGCAGGUAUAUGAACGCAUUAAGUCCCCUUUGCUAACCUUAGUGAGUUCAGGAAGUCCGGAGCAAUCAUAUGCAGUUUUAAGUCAUCUGCACGUCUUGGUGAUGCGUGCACCAUACAUAUUUUCUUCUGACUACAAACACUUCUAUUGUCAGUAUAAUGAGCCAUCUUAUGUUAAAAAGUUAAAGCUUGAAAUGCUUACUGCAGUGGCAAAUGAGAACAACACUUAUGAAAUUGUGACGGAAUUAUGUGAAUAUGCUGCAAAUGUUGAUAUUCCCAUUGCAAGAGAGUCUAUUCGGGCUGUAGGAAAAAUAGCACUGCAGCAGUAUGAUGUGAAUGCAAUUGUUGAUAGGCUUCUUCAGUUUCUAGAGAUGGAAAAGGACUAUGUGACUGCUGAAGCUCUGGUACUUGUAAAAGAUCUGCUGAGGAAAUAUCCACAAUGGAGUCAUGACUGUAUUGCAGUUGUUGGAAAUAUCAGCAGCAAGAAUGUAGAGGAACCCAAGGCCAAAGCAGCUCUUAUCUGGAUGUUGGGGGAAUAUUCUCAGGACAUGCAAGAUGCUCCUUAUAUUUUAGAGAGUUUAGUUGAGAAUUGGGAUGAGGAGCAUUCUGCUGAGGUUCGCUUACAUCUUCUAACAGCAGUGAUGAAGUGUUUUUUCAAGAGGCCACCUGAGACCCAGAAAGCCUUAGGAGCUGCAUUAGCUGCUGGUCUUGCUGAUUUUCACCAGGAUGUUCAUGAUAGAGGCUUAUUCUACUACAGGGUGUUGCAAUAUGAUGUCUCUGUUGCUGAACGAGUGGUCAACCCUCCAAAGCAGGCUGUUUCUGUCUUUGCUGAUACUCAGAGCAGCGAGAUCAAAGACCGCAUAUUUGAUGAAUUUAACAGUUUAUCAGUUGUAUACCAUAAGCCAUCUUACAUGUUCACUGAUAAGGAACACCGGGGUGUAUUUGAGUUUUCUGAUGAGCUUGGAAGUUUGUCUGUUGGGGCUGAAUCUGCCGACAACAUUGUUCCAGUACCAAGGGUCGAAGCAAAUGACAAGGAUCUUCUCCUCAGUACUGCAGAGAAGGAAGAAAAUAGAGGUGUUAGCAUCAAUGACUCUGCUUAUAAUGCUCCUUCAUAUGAUGGGUCAUCCACAGCUACCGCUGCAUUGCAAAUGCAAUCAUUGGCAAUAUCAAACCCUGCAGUACCAGGGCAUACACCUCAGGCUAGUUUGGCCAUAGACGAUCUACUAGGUUUAGGUGUACCGGAAACACCUGCACCUGCACCUGCUCCUUCACCACCCGUUCUGAAGCUAAAUCCAAAAGCCACUUUGGAUCCAGGCACUUUUCAGCAAAAAUGGCGCCAAAUGCCGAUCGCUUUAUCUCAGGAGUGUUCGUUGAGUCCCCAAGGAGCUGCCAAAUUGACGACACCUCAAGUUCUCUUGCGACACAUGCAAGGCAAUUCCAUCCACUGCAUUGCAUCUGGCGGUCAAUCACCUAACUUUAAGUUCUUUUUCUUUGCACAGAAGGCUCAAGAACCAUCUAAUUUUCUUGUGGAGUGCAAGAUCAACACAUCAUCUGGCCAAGCUCAAAUGAAUAUCAAAGCUGAUGAUCUAAGUACAUCCCAGGUCUUUUCAGCUUUGAUCCAAUCGGCCUUGUCCAAAUUUGGUAUGUAAGAAUCAGCCCAGUUGGGGUACGCAUAGCAGGUCAUCAAGGAAAUAGGCAUUCCUCGUUUCUCUACGUUCCCCUCCACCCCCCGACCCGAUGAAAACUUCCAUCUAGUGGGAAGGAAUGACUGGAUGUUUUUGUAAGUAUGACUAGUGGAACCGUUUAUUUUCAGUCAUAAUAGGUUUCCUUAAGAGUGUGUUUGCAUUGAGGGAUUUGGAGGGAAGAGAACGGAAGGGAAAUAGAGUUUCCUUUCCAAUUCCCUUGUUUGAAUAUUUUAUUAAAAAUUAAAGGGAGGGAUUUGAGGGGA